CCGAUUUGACGUGAGCAGGGGCUUGUGCAGGAGAGCAGGAGAGUCGGGGCCAGAGGGAGGAGAGCUUGCUCUCUGAUGUACACUCGUUUCUCUGUUCACUGGCGCCGUGACGAUAAGCAGGCAGCGGACGAGGAUGCUCUGUUGUCUGGUGCGCACUCUCCUCCUGUUUCCAGCUCUCCACGAUCACCAUGGAAGAGCUUAAUUAAUGCACAGGCUUUAUUUGUCCCUCCUGCUCCCGGAGCUGAUGUAUUUUAAACCGCUGUUCGAGACCGGACCUGCGUUUUUCACCAACCCCCGAAGCACUGGACUUGUGUUACCGAGCGGAGAGGACUGCUGACGGCUGGAUUGUGAAGUCUUCAGAAAAGAGGCAAAUUAUGCCAGCAGCACCAGAGUUGCUCCCCCUGGUGACGUGCCAGCUCAUUGGUCAGACUAUUCUGCCCUCCUCUAGCCUCCCUGUCUACCCUGGCAGAUCCAUGCUGCUGGAUGCUCCUCACAGAGCCACGCCCGCACCAUGAGCGCCAACGGGCCAGCCCCAGACCCUGCCCCAGCGGCCCCAGAAGCCCCUCCUGCCUCUACCCCUGCCCCUGCUCCGGUCCCAGCCCCAGCCCCCGUGGCACCACCCGCUCCUCCUGCCCCGCCUGCCCCAGCGGCCACUACCAUCCCGGUAGGUGCGUUGGCACAGAAGAAGCGGCAGCAGUAUGCCAAAAGCAAGAAACAAGGCAGUAACGCCAACAGCAGGCCACCGAGGGCUCUGUUCUGCCUCAACCUCAACAACCCCAUACGCAGGGCCUGCAUCAGCCUGGUGGAGUGGAAGCCAUUUGAUAUCUUUAUAUUAAUUGCUAUUUUUGCCAACUGUAUGGCCUUAGCUGUCUAUGUCCCCUUCCCUGAAGAUGAUUCAAACUCCACAAACCAUGACCUGGAAACAGUUGAGUAUGCCUUCCUCAUCAUUUUCACAAUUGAGACCUUUCUGAAGAUUAUUGCUUAUGGUUUGGUGAUGCACCAGAACGCGUACGUGAGGAAUGGUUGGAACAUGCUGGAUUUCGUCAUUGUUGUCAUAGGACUCUUCAGUGUUGUCUUGGAGCUUUUGACCAAAGAGGAGAAGGGAGAUGGUGAGGGAGAUAAAGAAAUCCCGGCGAUGCACGGGCAUGGGGGUAAACCAGGUGGAUUUGAUGUUAAAGCCCUUCGAGCCUUCCGUGUGCUGCGACCCCUGCGGCUGGUCUCAGGAGUACCCAGUUUACAGGUGGUGUUGAACUCCAUCAUUAAAGCCAUGGUCCCUCUCCUUCACAUUGCCCUCUUGGUCUUGUUUGUCAUUAUCAUCUAUGCUAUUAUCGGCCUGGAGCUUUUCAUUGGCAAAAUGCACGCAACCUGCUUUAUUCCUGGCUCAGAUGCGAUAGCAGAGGAGGAACCAGCUCCGUGUGCGAUCUCAGGGCACGGGCGCCAAUGCCCCAUCAACGGCACAGAGUGCAGGGAAGGCUGGCAAGGUCCCAACGGUGGCAUCACCAACUUUGACAACUUCCUGUUUGCUAUGCUGACAGUGUUUCAGUGUAUCACCAUGGAGGGCUGGACAGACGUGCUGUACUGGAUGAACGAUGCUAUGGGCUUUGAGCUUCCAUGGGUGUACUUUGUCAGUCUUGUGAUCUUCGGCUCCUUUUUCGUUCUUAACCUGGUUUUGGGUGUGUUGAGCGGAGAGUUCUCCAAGGAGAGAGAAAAGGCCAAAGCUCGUGGAGACUUCCAGAAGCUGCGUGAGAAGCAGCAGCUGGAGGAGGAUCUGAAGGGUUACCUGGACUGGAUCACUCAGGCUGAAGACAUCGACCCCGACAACGAGGAUGAGGCCGAUGAGGAGAGCAAGCGCAACCGGGUGACUCUGGCUGACCUUACAGAGAAGAAGAAGGGAAGGUUUGGGUGGUUCAGCCAGUCGUCCGACACUCAUGCGAGCGUUCCAGCCAGUGAAACAGAGUCCGUGAACACCGAGAACCAAAACGGGGAAGAUGAAAAGACGCCAUGCUGCGGACCUCUGUGUCAAAAAAUUUCGAAGUCAAAGUUCAGUCGGCGCUGGCGCCGCUGGAACAGGUUCUGCCGCAGGAAGUGCCGGUUGGCUGUCAAAUCGGUGCCUUUCUAUUGGCUGGUCAUCAUCCUGGUGUUCCUCAACACCCUCACCAUAUCAUCAGAGCAUUACAACCAGCCCCUGUGGCUGACACAAGUGCAGGAUGUGGCCAACAAGGUGCUGUUAGCCCUGUUCACAUGUGAAAUGUUGGUGAAGAUGUACAGUCUGGGGCUACAGGCCUAUUUUGUUUCACUGUUCAACCGCUUUGACUGCUUCGUGGUGUGCGGAGGAAUCACUGAAACCAUUCUGGUCGAGUUGGAAAUCAUGUCUCCCCUCGGUAUCUCUGUGUUCCGCUGCGUCCGUCUGCUGAGGAUCUUCAAGGUCACACGGCACUGGCAGUCUCUGAGUAACCUGGUGGCGUCUCUGCUCAACUCCAUGAAGUCCAUUGCUUCCCUGCUGCUGCUGCUCUUCCUCUUCAUCAUCAUCUUCUCCCUGCUGGGCAUGCAGGUGUUUGGUGGAAAGUUCAACUUUGACGAAACCCAGACCAAGAGGAGUACCUUCGACAACUUUCCCCAAGCUCUUCUCACUGUGUUUCAGAUCCUGACCGGAGAAGACUGGAACGCUGUUAUGUAUGAUGGGAUCAUGGCGUACGGAGGCCCUUCCUCCUCUGGGAUGAUUGUGUGCUUUUACUUCAUCAUCCUCUUCAUCUGUGGAAACUAUAUCCUGCUGAAUGUCUUCUUGGCUAUCGCUGUGGACAACUUGGCAGAUGCAGAGUCUCUCAACACAGACGAAGGAGACAAGAAAGAGGACAAAAAAGAUGAUGAGAAAGACGAAAAGGAGGAGGAGGAGGACAAUGAUGAUACAGCAGCGGAGGAGGAGGAUCCAGAAGUACCAUCGGGGCCUCGGCCAGUCAUCUCUGAGCUGGUAAAGAAGGAGAAGAUCACUCCUAUCCCAGAGGGAAGUGCCUUCUUCAUCUUCAGCAGCACAAACCCGUUUCGAGUGUUUUGCCACAAACUCAUCAAUCAUCACAUAUUCACCAACCUCAUCCUGGUGUUCAUCAUGCUCAGCUCCGUCUCUCUCGCUGCCGAGGAUCCGAUCCGAAACUUCUCGGCUCGCAAUAUUGUCCUAGGCUAUGCAGAUUAUGUCUUCACUAGUAUGUUUACAUUUGAGAUCGUAUUGAAGAUGACGACGUACGGAGCUUUUCUCCAUAAAGGCGCAUUCUGCAGGAAUUACUUCAACCUUCUUGACCUGUUGGUGGUGGGAGUUUCCCUUGUCUCCUUUGGCAUUCAGUCCUCAGCCAUCUCAGUGGUGAAGAUUCUUAGGGUCCUUCGUGUUCUUCGGCCCCUGAGGGCCAUCAACAGAGCCAAAGGCCUGAAGCACGUGGUGCAGUGUGUGUUUGUGGCCAUCAGAACCAUCGGUAACAUCAUGAUCGUCACCACUCUGCUACAGUUCAUGUUUGCCUGUAUAGGGGUGCAGCUAUUUAAGGGAAAAUUCUAUCGCUGCACCGAUGAAGCCAAGUCCAGCCCAGAAGAGUGCAAGGGCACCUACAUCCUGUAUAAGGAUGGAGAUGUGAACCAGCCAACCAUCCACAGACGACUGUGGCACAACAGUGAAUUCAAUUUUGACAACGUCCUCAUGGCUAUGAUGGCUCUGUUCACUGUGUCCACAUUUGAAGGCUGGCCUUCGUUACUAUACAAGGCCAUCGACUCCAACAGGGAGAACCUCGGCCCCAUUUUCAACUACCGUGUGGAGAUUUCCAUCUUCUUCAUCAUCUACAUCAUCAUCAUUGCUUUUUUUAUGAUGAACAUCUUUGUAGGUUUUGUGAUCGUCACAUUUCAGGAACAAGGAGAGAAAGAGUACAAAAACUGUGAACUGGACAAGAACCAGCGUCAGUGUGUGGAGUACGCUCUUAAGGCGCGUCCGCUGAGGAGGUACAUACCUAAGAACCCGUACCAGUACAAGUUCUGGUAUGUGGUGAACUCCACUGGGUUUGAGUACAUCAUGUUUGUGCUCAUCAUGCUCAACACACUCUGCCUCGCUGUACAGCACUAUGGCCAAUCAACGACAUUUAACUAUGUAAUGGACAUUCUCAAUAUGGUCUUCACUGCUGUCUUCACUGUGGAAAUGGUUCUCAAACUCAUCGCUUUCAAACCCAGGCACUAUUUCGCUGAUGCUUGGAACACAUUUGAUGCCUUAAUUGUUGUUGGUAGCGUCGUCGAUAUUGCUAUCACUGAAGUGAAUCCAACGGAGACUCCUCAGGUGGAUGAAUUGGGGAACACAGAGGACAGCGCUCGCAUCUCCAUCACCUUCUUCCGUCUGUUUCGAGUCAUGCGGCUGGUCAAGCUCCUGAGCAGAGGGGAGGGCAUUCGCACCCUGCUUUGGACUUUCAUCAAAUCCUUCCAGGCUCUGCCAUAUGUUGCUCUUCUGAUAGCCAUGCUGUUCUUCAUCUACGCUGUCAUUGGCAUGCAGGUGUUUGGAAAGAUUGCAAUGGUGGACGGCACACACAUCAACAGAAACAACAACUUCCAGACCUUCCCUCAGGCCGUGCUGCUUCUGUUCAGGUGUGCCACUGGAGAGGCGUGGCAGGAGAUCAUGUUGGCCUGUAUGCCCGGGAAACUGUGUGACCCAGAGUCGGACUACAACCCCGGGGAGGAGAUGACGUGUGGCAGUGGAUUUGCAAUAGUUUACUUCAUCACCUUCUACAUGCUCUGCGCCUUCUUGAUUAUUAAUUUGUUUGUGGCCGUCAUCAUGGAUAACUUUGACUAUCUGACACGUGAUUGGUCCAUUCUUGGUCCUCACCACCUUGAUGAAUUCAAGAGAAUUUGGUCAGAGUACGACCCAGAGGCCAAAGGCAGAAUUAAGCAUCUGGAUGUUGUAACCCUUCUGCGUCGUAUUCAGCCGCCUCUCGGCUUUGGCAAACUGUGCCCUCACAGAGUGGCUUGCAAGAGGCUGGUAGCCAUGAACAUGCCUCUGAACAGUGACGGCACAGUCAUGUUUAAUGCCACUCUGUUUGCACUGGUGCGAACGGCCCUGAAGAUCAAAACAGAAGGUAAUCUAGAGCAGGCCAAUGAAGAGCUGCGAGCUGUCAUCAAGAAAAUCUGGAAAAGAACCAGCAUGAAGCUGCUGGAUCAAGUGGUGCCUCCUGCUGGUGAUGAUGAGGUAACCGUGGGGAAGUUCUAUGCCACCUUCCUGAUACAGGACUACUUUAGGAAAUUCAAGAAACGUAAAGAGGAAGGCCUGGUGGGUGCUCACCCCUCCCAGAACAACACAGCCAUUGCUUUACAGGCUGGCCUUCGCACGCUGCAUGAUAUUGGGCCCGAAAUUCGCCGAGCGAUAUCAUGUGAUCUGCAAGAUGACGAACUAGUAGACUUUAUUCCAGAGGAAGACGAGGAAAUUUAUAGGCGUAAUGGCGGACUCUUCGGUAACCAUCUCAUGAACGGCGGUCAUCGGCGAUCCAACGGCCACCAGACCAACGCCACACAGCGACCUCUGCAGGUGCAGCCCCCUCCUCACUACGCCCACAUGGAGCAGCCGGUGGGACGCCUGUCUCGAGCCAACGCAAUGUCCCACCCCAACCACCAUCAUCACCACCACCACCAUCACCACCGCCACCACAACUCCUAUGGCAAGUCUCCCAAAUCCACCAACAUCAACCUCAACAAUGCCAACGUGUCCAGUCUGCCCAACGGAGGACACCAUCGCUACUAUGAGCACGCACCUCCCAAUGGCUACCCAGGUCUACGCAGCUCCUACUACGACUACGACAAGCCGCGGACACCCCAGGGUCAAAGAAGGCGCUACUAUGAGACGUAUGUUAGGUCCCAUGGAGGGGAUGGACGCCACCCCACGAUCCGCAGAGAGGAGGAGUUUGAUGAGGACCGCUUCUCUGGGGAGUAUUACAGUGGGGAAGAGUUUUACGAAGAUGACAGUAUGCUGUCAGGGGACAGGUAUCAGAACAGUGACACGGAGUAUGAGACUCCCAAAGGUUACCAUCACCCUGACAGUUACUAUGACGAUGAUGAGCAGCCUCUCUACCGCGACUCGCGCAGGUCACCAAAGAGACGGCUGCUUCCUGCCACACCUCAAGGUCACAGGAGGCCAUCCUUCAACUUUGAGUGUCUUCGCAGACAAAGUAGCCAGGACGAGCUUCCACAUCAGCGUACUGCUCUACCACUGCACCUUAUGCAGCACCAGGUAACACAGGUAAUGGCUGUAGCAGGCCUGGACUCCAGCAGAGCCCACCGCCUCUCCCCGACCCGCUCCACUCGCUCCUGGGCGACUCCCCCUGCCACCCCGGCCAGUAAAGACCAGUCACCAUACUACACCCCUCUCAUCCGUGUGGACCAGCAGCACAGGGGGAGUACUGCUAGCAGCCAUGUGUCUGUGCGCAAGAGCUCCUGGUACACAGAUGACCCCGAGUACUCUCAGAGGACGUACUCACCUGUCCACCUGCAGGUGCCACCUGAGUUCCAUAACCAGUACCACCAGAAGAGAGGCAGCGCAACCAGCCUGGUGGAAGCGGUUUUGAUAUCAGAGGGGCUUGGGAGAUAUGCCAAGGAUCCCAAGUUUGUCGCUGCCACAAAGCAUGAGAUAGCAGAUGCAUGUGAGAUGACGAUAGACGAAAUGGAGAGUGCCGCCAGCCACCUACUGAACGGAGGGAUGGCCCCGGGCGUCAACGGGGUCAACGUGUUUCCCCUUCUGACUCCAAGGGACUAUGAACUGCAGGACACCGCAGCCAGCUACAGCGACGAGGAGCCAGAGACAGAACCCAGAGCUCCUUAUGAGGAGGACCUGGCAGAUGAGAUGAUCUGCAUCACAACUUUAUAGCACUGGCUGGAGAAAUCUGCAAAUUAGAACCAGUGUCAGACUACAACCAGUGAAAAUAAAAAAGAAAUGCAUCUGUUGGCUCCGACCAAAAGAAGUGCCUUUUACAUUGAAGAGAAAAGGCAUACAGAAGAGAGACACAUUAGUCCCGUUCAUUUAAUUGUUCUCCACCUGCCAGCAAACGGAGGUCACAGCACAGAGCCACAUACCAUCCCGGCUGUGCACAGAGGGACUGACUGGACCCUCCUGUCAAAGGCCUUGACCUGGAGGUGACACACAGGUUCAGCCUGCAGCCGAUCAGAGACGAGGACAGUGAUGCCAGUGAAAGAUGGACCAAUUGGCAAAGGUGUGAGAUACUCUAAAGGGCGGGUCUUUAAGGGUGAUGACAAUCAGAUGUACGAUGUCAUUACCUCAGUCACUUUAUUAAGGUUCGGCAUAUCAUGCAAGUUUUCAAUGCAAGCAUAGGAAGGCAUAUCUCCUCCCUUAGUCGUUAGAAUAACUUGAUCCCUUUGUUGUUAGAACAGAUCGUUUAAUGAUUGCUACAGCUGAGUCAAAAAGUGAAGAGCACCAGUAGAGUUGUACCAGAUUAUGCAGGAACUAACUGUCCUACUUAUAGCAUCAUUCAACUUGAGAUAUGUACUUUUGAAGCGACAAAAGCAUUUGUGAUAAAUGCACUAGCAGGCAGGUUAUUUUAAAUUUUAGAAUAGCCUGAUUAAUAUUUCAUAGUUGAUAUGCUGUAAAUUGUAUUAUAUAACAAAAGAAACUUUGUAAAGAGAUAUUCUAUAUUUUGUAAUUAUGUAUCAUUUAAAAGAUCAGCAAUAUGGACCCUUGUGACUCCUGUUAUGCUAUAAAAGCAGACUUGCAUUAUUUUAUUAAGUACAAUAUUCUGAUAUUUGUUUGCCUUUUAUUUCUUUGCUAAUAUGCACCCUUUAUUUUGCCUAUGAAACAGCAUUUUUAAGAGGUUCUGCUUGUGUGAUAACACUACUGCACAGGAUAUGCAAAUGGCUUUGAUUUCUCAGCAUAGGAGUACAUGUGUUACUUCAUCAAACCAACACCAGUUGCAUAAGGUUAAGCCCCCUUUAAAGGAGCAUUUUUAGAAGGCAAGCCUCAAGGAUCCAGUGCCGAAAUUUUAUACAGAUGUGAUGAACACAUUUGUUUGCAUAUUUUGUGCAGGGCAUGCACAAGAAUUUAAAAUGCAUAGUGCAUUAACAAUGCUGCUUUUUUAGUUGGUUUCAGAGUCAAACCUAGGUUCCGUCAGCCCCUACUGAAAUGCCUUUUUGCUGCUGAAAGAACGAAAAAUGAUAGAUGGUAAUAACAGGGAUAAAUUAAUAUUUCUCAUAGCUCAUGCUGGGAUUUUCCAUGACAUACACUACUCUUUGUUGAUCAUGGUGUGAUUCCAUUAAACCUUUGUACUGAAUCUUCGCAGUCACAUCUUAGUCUUCAUGUAGUGUGCGAGGGCUCGGAGCAUGUGGUGGCAGGAGACAAAUGCACACAUCCAAAGGUCAGAAACAGACGAUGCAGACAUUCGUUGUAAGUGGAAGGACAGAGUGUGUCCUGGUGUCAGGAUGCUGGAGAGAGGCUAAGCAAUACUAAACCCCCCGCCCCUUUUCUCUCUCAGCCUGCCUGGUUCCUGCAUACAGUAUACCUCGUUAGGCACCGGUGACAACAUAUCAUUGUCUCAACUUAUCUGUCCGUCGCAGCGUCCCACAGUGGAGUCUCACAGAGAUUAAGUAGAGUUGAACCUGGAUUUUGUGUUUUUUUAUUUUUUUUUCUCUAAUCAUGUUUAUUAAUGAGACCAGAAGGGUAAACUCGCCCUUCUGGAUGCAUGAAAAGAAGCAAGUGAUGCCCACCAGUUUGAACACAAACUACAAAAUAUCUUUCUGUUUUUAUCAGUUAUCAUUUAUUGAUCUGUCACGAUAAGGAUACUGGACAAAAAAAAACUGAAAUGGGCUUUUUCAGGCAUUACCAUGGAGAGUUUGAAUUAGCACCAAGGAUAUAUAGGGUAAAUGUGAUCUGUUGUUCAUGAGUGUUUGAUUUGUAGGCGAGUGCGUACUGUACUCUAAUUCAACCGAACACUGUCAUGAAAAUGUAGGUUUUCCAUUUUGUGUGCACAUUGAAAGGGCUCUUUGAAUUGUUUGUGAGUAAAAAAGUGUGUUCUAGUCCUUUUGUUGAUGAACCGUCAUAUAAAAGGACCAAUGCACAUAACAGGCACAUUGUACUAUUCGUAGCAAUUACAGUACUGAUGAACUGAAGAUAUGCAUUAUUUUGUAAACACUUUUAAAAGUUGUGUUAAACUAAAGAUGAAAAGAACUUACUUUUACCUCAUGUCAGGGAUUCCUGAAAAAAAAGAAAAAUAAUGAUUUGGUUCAGUCUAUACCAAUGGUAUUUAAAUAUUAGCACAUAGCUGUUUGUCUUUGCACAAGUAACUGUAUAGUGCUAUCGUUUCUCCUUUUUCUAAACAGAUUUGUGUAUUAAGGUGAGACAAUUUUGUACUUUUUGUGACUGUGUGUAUGGUUUAGUGGAAUCUAUAUUUGUCAUUUACACCUCACCUUACAAUGCUGGGAAUGAAAGAGUAUUAAAAAAUAUUUUCAAGGUGCACUGUUCCUCUGUUCAUGGGUAGGGAAAAAAAAAAUUAAAUGGUAAAGUACCAGUUUACAGAGAAACACAUAUUGAUUUGAACAUUUCUAUUAGUUUUCUUCAUAUUGUUAUGAUUAUAAUUACUAUAACAACUAUUAAUGUUCUGAAAGCUGUAUUUAAAUAGAAGAUAAUGUAAAAUAUGUACAAAAGUAUGGAAAGACCCAUGGUAAUGUUCUCUACUUGAAAGUCUUGAUAUUUGCUCCUUAAUGUUUUUAUUCAGUAAACAUAAUUUCUCUUAGUAGCAAAUGCUUUACUAUAACCCUCUAGGUUUUGUAUCAAUACAUUUUUUUGUAUUUUUCAUUUUAUUUUGGCCUUGACUUUAUUUGAAUCAAUACUGAUAUUUUAUUUUCUAUUGAUCAUCAUUGAAUAAACUUAUGCUGAAUAA